AUGGCUGCCUCUCUCAGACUCGGAACUUCUGCCCUUCGCUCUACCACCUUGGCUGGAAAGCCGGUGGUGCAGUCCGCUGCCUUCAAUGGCCUGCGCUGCUACUCCAGCAAGGCCAAGUCCUUGAAGGAGACCUUCGCCGACAAGCUCCCCGGUGAGAUCGAGAAGGUCAAGAAGCUUCGCAAGGAGUACGGCAACAAGGUCAUUGGCGAGGUCACCCUCGACCAGGCCUAUGGUGGUGCUCGUGGUAUCAAGUGCCUCGUGUGGGAGGGUUCCGUCCUCGACUCUGAGGAGGGUAUCCGUUUCCGUGGCCGUACCAUCCCCGAGUGCCAGGAGCUUCUCCCCAAGGCCCCCGGUGGCCAGGAGCCUCUGCCCGAAGGUCUCUUCUGGCUGCUCCUGACCGGUGAGAUCCCCUCGGAGCAGCAGGUCCGUGACCUGUCCGCCGAGUGGGCUGCUCGCUCCGACCUCCCCAAGUUCAUUGAGGAGCUCAUCGACCGCUGCCCCAGCACCCUUCACCCCAUGGCCCAGUUCUCUCUUGCCGUCACCGCUCUUGAGCACGAGUCCGCCUUCGCCAAGGCCUAUGCCAAGGGUAUCAACAAGAAGGACUACUGGAACUACACCUACGAGGACUCCAUGGACCUCAUCGCCAAGCUGCCCACCAUUGCCGCCAAGAUCUACCGCAACGUCUUCAAGGACGGCAAGGUCGCCGCUAUCCAGAAGGACAAGGAUUACUCCUUCAACUUGGCCAACCAGCUCGGCUUUGGCGACAACAACGACUUCGUUGAGCUCAUGCGUCUCUACCUGACCAUCCACUCUGACCACGAGGGUGGUAACGUCAGCGCUCACACUACCCACCUUGUCGGUAGCGCUCUCAGCUCUCCCAUGCUCUCCCUGGCCGCUGGUCUGAACGGUCUGGCUGGUCCUCUCCACGGAUUGGCCAACCAGGAGGUUCUGAACUGGCUCACCAAGAUGAAGCAGGCCAUUGGCAACGACCUCAGCGACCAGGCCAUCAAGGACUACCUCUGGUCCACCCUGAACGCCGGUCAGGUCGUUCCCGGAUACGGUCACGCCGUUCUGCGUAAGACCGAUCCCCGUUACGUGUCUCAGCGCGAGUUCGCUCUUCGCAAGCUCCCCGAUGACCCCAUGUUCAAGCUUGUCAGCCAGGUCUACAAGAUCGCCCCUGGCGUUCUGACCGAGCACGGCAAGACCAAGAACCCCUUCCCCAACGUGGAUGCCCACUCUGGUGUUCUCCUCCAGUACUAUGGCCUGACUGAGGCCAACUACUACACCGUCCUGUUCGGUGUGUCCCGUGCCCUGGGUGUCCUGCCCCAGCUGAUCAUCGACCGCGCCCUGGGUAUGCCCAUUGAGCGCCCCAAGUCGUUCAGCACCGAGGCCUACGCCAAGCUGGUUGGCGCUAAGCUGUAA